ACGCACCCGCGCUGCCCAGCGGAAGCGUCGCAGACGGCAGCAGACGAGCACCAUACGAGCGGGGCCAACUGAACGGACAGCGACAGCCAAAGCAGCGCAGUCAUCGCAUCUCAAGCGUGCGACGGACGGAGCGGACACGACGGACGGAAGCCAGCAACCGAUAAGUACACCGUCGGUUUGCCGAAAUAUGGCACCUCUUGGAAAGCUUGACGAAUACGACGAAAAACAACAGAAUUUUGACUCGUAUUUAGAGCGUUUCGAGCACUUCGUUAGCGCAAACGACAUCAAACCAGAAAAGAAGCUAGCGGUGUUCUUGACCGUUAUAGGACCUCGAGCUUACGAAGUUCUGAAAAGCUUGGUCGUACCGGCAGUACCGGGAGAUAAGUCGUUCGAAGAAGUGAAAGUUUUGCUGAAAAACCACUAUAGCCCGAAGAGCUCGGUCAUAGCGGAAAGGUGCAAAUUCAACAGACGUGUACAAGAGGAACAGGAGAGCGUUGAAGAUUUCAUUGUAGCGCUAAAGCAUUUGGCAAGGAAGUGUGACUUUGGCCAGUUUCUGCAAGAUGCUCUGAGGGACAGGCUUGUGGCGGGAAUACGGCGCGAAGAAACGCAACGUGCGCUAUUCGCCGAAGAAAGCUUAACCUUCGAAAGGGCAUGCAAGAUCGCAUUGGAUCAAGAGCAGGCGGCACGACAGACAGCGUUACUACACGCCGGAAGCAAAGACGCGUCGUUGAACGAGAUAAGAGCGAACCAGAAAGAUAACGUCAAUAAGCGUGACGUUCGAAAACACAAGCAAAGCAAGAAGUCUUGCGAAAGAUGUGGAAGGGCGCAUGCGGCAAGCAAAUGUUGGUACAAGAAUGCUACGUGUCACAAGUGUGGCAAGUUAGGCCAUUUGCAAAAAGUGUGCUCGAGCGAGAAAAAGGGACCCAAGAACGCGAAUGCAGUGGACUGCUCGGAGGACGAUUCAGAACUGGACGUCUAUCACUGCCUUAACACUGUGCGUUCGGGUUAUGAAGUGAAAGUCAAUGUUGAAGGGGCGGACGUUUUCAUGCAAAUUGAUACAGGAGCGGCUGUAACAAUUGUUCCUGAAAGUGUUGCGAAAACCGUGUUCCCUCAUGUCAAGUGUGAGCCAUCUCGGGUAAACCUAAAAACGUACACGGGUGAACGAAUCCCGGUAAAAGGGCAAUGUGACGUUUCCGUCACAUACGAAAACCAGACUUUGAAACUGCCCGUUAUCGUCGUCGAUAACCAAGGCAAGAAAUUGCCGUUGCUCAUGGGGCGGAACUGGCUUGAGAGGCUCAGACUUGAUUGGAAAAGCGUCAUGUCACUGGAGCAUGUAACUGAUUCACACCGAAUAGAAGCGCUGCGUAACAAGUUCCCGACAGUAUUUUCUAAUCAGUCUAGUGUCACGAACAACUAUCAAGCGAAGAUAGUUCUAAAACAAGAUUGUACGCCGGUUUUUUGCAAGGCGAGACCGGUGCCUUACGCGUUACGCGAUAAGGUUGGAGAAGAGCUGGACAGGCUAGAGAAGAGCGGGGUUUUACGCCGCGUAAGUCACAGUGAGUGGGCGACUCCGGUAGUUGUAAUUCACAAGAAAGAUGGAUCACUCAGGUUGUGCGGGGAUUACAAAGUAACGAUCAACCCUGUACUAAAAACCGACCAUUACCCACUGCCGCGACCUGAAGAUCUGUACACUGCCAUCGCAGGUGGCAAAGUGUUUUGCGUGCUGGAUCUUUCUGCUGCGUAUCAGCAGGUACCGCUGGCUGCCGAGUCCAAACCACUUUUGACUAUAAACACGCACAUGGGGUUGUUUCAGUUCCAACGCCUACCGUUUGGUGUGGCCAGUGCGCCAGCCAUUUUUCAGUCCUUCAUGGACGAGGUGCUUAAAGGCAUACCUCAUGUGGGAUGCUACAUUGAUGACGUCAUCGUGUCUGGAAAGGACACCCAGGACUGUCAAAAGACGCUGGAAUGCGUCUUGCGUCGACUUCGUGACUACAAUGUCACUUUGAAAACGGACAAGUGUUGA